UGUUGUGCAUCUCCUCACUCGCUCAUCACUUGUUCCCUCUCAAGUUUGAUGCUGAAUUAGACUCCAUUGCUCCAUCACCAUGACAUCCGUUGUUCAGUCUCGUACCAGCUUCAGCUCAGGUGGAUCUGGUGGUUCCAUGCGCUCCAUGGGUGGUGGCCGUGUGAGUGGCGGGAGAGCCCAGAGCCUUUACGGAGGCAGUGGUUAUGGUGUACGCAUCUCUAGUGGCCCAGCGCUCCUCGGCUCUGCAGCUGGAGGUGGCUAUGGCGCAGGUGGUGGUUACAGCGCAGGUGGUGGUUACGGCACAGGUGGUGGUUACGGCGCAGGAAGUGGCUAUGGCGCAGGUGGUGGUUUCGGUGGAGGCUUUGGAGGGGCCGGGGGCGGUUUCAGCAAGGGUGAUGCCGUCGAUGUAUCAGAAAGUGAGAAGCUGACGAUGCAGAACCUGAAUGAGCGUCUGGCCUCCUACCUGGAGAAGGUGCACACCCUGGAGAAGGCCAACGCUGAUCUGGAGCUCAAGAUCCGCCUGUUCCUUGAGAGCAAGACCUCACCAACGGCCCGAGACUACUCUGCCUACUUUACCACCAUCAGUGAACUGCAGGACAAGAUCCAGUAUGCCACACGCAUCAGUGGAGGCAUUUACCUCAGCAUCGACAACUCCAAGCUUGCUGCUGAUGACUUCAGAGUCAAGUAUGAGAACGAGCUGGCCAUGAGGCAGUCGGUGGACGCUGACAUCGCUGGGCUGAGGAGAGUCCUGGACGAGCUGACGUUGGCCAGAUCCGAUCUGGAGAUGCAGAUUGAGGGUCUGAAGGAGGAGCUGAUCUUCCUCAAGAAGAACCAUGAGGAGGACCUCCUCGCUGCACGCUCUCAGAUGAGUGGUCAAGUCAAUGUGGAAGUCGACGCCAAACCGCAGGAAGACCUCAGCAAAGUCAUGGCUGAGAUCCGCGAGCACUAUGAAGCUGUUGCCACUAAAAACAACCGUGAACUUGAAGCUUGGUUCCAGACCAAGAGCGAGGAACUGAACAAAGAAGUCGUCAGCAAAACAGAAACGCUCCAUACCAGCAAAUCUGAAACCACAGAUUUGAAGCGAAUGCUGCAGGCGCUGGAGAUCGAGCUGCAGUCACAACUCAGCAUGAAAGCGUCGCUGGAACACACUCUAGCAGACACAAAGGCACGUUAUUCAGCCAAACUAGGAGGCUACCAGCAGCAGGUGACGAGUAUGGAGGAGCAGCUGGUGCAGCUUCGUGCUGAUCUGGAGCGUCAGUCUCAGGAGUAUCAGAUGCUGCUGGACAUCAAGGCCAGACUUGAAAUGGAGAUCGCCGAGUACAGGAGACUGCUGGAUGGAGAAGGUGUAAGCAGCUCCAGCUCCAGCUCCAGCUCCAAGCGCAAGGUGGUGACAGUGGUGGAGGAGGUGGUGGACGGCAAAGUCAUCAGCUCCACUUCCAAAUCCAUCACAAACAAACGGUGAGGAAACAUCAUGAAUGAGAAGAACAUGAACGUCCUCCAUGAAACCUGAAUUAUGACAACGCUAAAGCAUCAAUAAAAGUGUUCAAACUUAAACAAG